AUGACAUCGAUAACAUCAUCAGCAGCAACAAGGUCAAUACGACGAAAUAGUUUUCAAAAUGAACACAACAAAAGUUUACCACAAACAAGUUUCAAACUAAUAAAUAAUAUGAAAAUGGUAUCUUAUUCAGCUGACGAUCUAGUGGCAAAAACGAUAACAGAUGAAUGUAAUGUUAUUGUACCUUUAACAAUUAUAUCCUCGAAUAAUUUUGAUAUUCAUAAUAAAAAUCAUCAUCGUUCAAGACUAAAAUCAUUUACAUCAAUUUCCAAUCAAAAUCAUCUUUCAUCACCGACAUCUACAGAAAAUGACGAUGAAUCUUCUGAAAUUAUCAUUGUGCCAAAUGACAUUGUUAUGAUUACAACUGACUCUAAUUUAAAACGUCAGGGUUCACUUCGUCUAAUGGAUAAAAAAUUAAUUCAACCAUCUUCAUAUUAUGAAAAUAUUAAACUUGAUAAAAUACCCAUUCAAGAACAACAAGGUAAAGAACAACAAACAGUGAUAUCUCCAACAGUCAGCUGGAUAAAUUCUAUUGGUGAAGAUAGGAUAAAAGAUGAGGAUUCUACAUCAAAUUCAAGCAGUGAUACAAGUGAUGAUGAUGACAAUGACAAUAGAUACGAUGAUGAUUCAACAGAUGAUGAUUCAAUACAUAGGGCAACAUCUCAUUUUAUUCAGGCACGUGUACGUGGAGCUGCUGAUCGACGUCUAUCACUACAGCAUGUAUUAGGUCUUACAGAUACAUCAACAUCAGUUAAUUCUCCGUUAUCCUAUCAUACAUGUUUGAUAUGUUAUCAUGAUAAACGUUUACGUCCACUUACACAAUGUUGUCAAUCACCAGUGUGUUUGGAAUGUUUACAACUUUACAUCGGAACACAUGUAAAUGAAGCGAAAAUAAAAAUUCCAUGUCCAAUUCAAGAGUGUACAUAUAUAUUGACAAGAGAUGAAAUAUUAGGAUAUAUAAAUCAUAAUCAAGAAUUAAAAGAAAAGUAUAAACGAUUUUAUGCGGAUAUUAAUAAAGAAAUUAAUAUUAAAACAUGUCCAAAGUGCUGUUCAAUAUUAGAAUUAGACAAGAAACUAUUUACAUCCCACAAAUCUAGUCCACGACGUGUUAAUUGUGCGGAAUGUUCGUUUAUCUGGUGUUUUCAAUGUCAUAGUCCUUGGCAUGAGAAAAUGUCAUGUAAAGACUAUACUGAUGGAAAUAAACUAUUGAAACAAUGGGCAAAUCAAUAUGAUGAAAAUCAAUUUAAUGCACAACAAUGUCCAAAGUGUAAAGUAUUUAUUUCUCGCAAUGGCGGAUGUCCGCACAUGACUUGUACAAAAUGUAGCUGUGAUUUUUGUUAUAAUUGUGGAAAAAGACGAUUGGGAAUGAAGUUUUUGGGUACCCAUGAAAGUAGAUAUUCUCCAUUAGGUUGUAAAUAUAAUUUAUAUCCUGAUAAACCAGCGUUGCGUAGAACUGUUCGAGGCUUAGUAGCAGGUGCUAUUGCCGUUGCAGCCCCUGUUGCCGCUGUGGGUGCUGUUGCUCUGUUAGCAGUUGGUGCAACGAUUGGCGCACCCACUUAUGGCACUUAUCGUCUUGUCAAACAUAUUCGACACUGUCAACAACAACGAGCAACAACACGUUCAACUAUACAAAAUAGUCAAAAUAUACGACAAUCAACAGAAAUAGGAGAUUCUGAUCAGGAUUUAACACUAGGCAUUAUAGAAACACAAGAAGAGAGAGAUUUGAGAUUAACUAUUGAGGCAAGUAAAGAAACGUUUGCAGAAGAACAACGAAAAAUGGCUGCAUUUGGGAAUGAGAACAAUAACUACGAAGAAAUAAACUGGGAAAAACGUAGUUCAUUAUCGUCCGAUUCGUCGUCAGAAUUUGAUGAUGAAGAUUUGAGAGGUGGACAAACACCCCCUCGAAAAAGUAUUUCAAAAUUGACGACUGAUAAUCAAUUUUAA